AUGGAAGAAGUGAAGGUGGUGGGAUUAUGGGCUAGUCCAUACGUUUAUAGGGUCAUCUGGGCUCUAAAACUUAGGGGUAGUAAGUUUGAAUACAUCGAAGAAGAUAUAUUUGACAAGAGUGAUUUGCUUCUGCAACUCAACCUUGUACAUAAGAAAGUUCCAGUUUUCAUUCAUGGUGGAAAACCAAUUGCAGAGUCCAUUGUUAUUCUUGAAUAUGUUGAUGAGAUGUGGCCUCAAAACCCUCUGUUGCUACCAGAUGAUCCCAUGGAGAGAGCCAUCUCCCAGUUUUGGAUUAAGUUUGGAGACGAUGAGACAAGAGAAGAGCAAGAAAAGCCAGUGAAAAUUUUGCCGAUGAAGAACGGGCCGGAAAAUUUUGCGGUAAAAAUUCAGGCAAGUUGA